UGCUUUUCUUCAGCAUUUAACCGAACGUUUAUGGAGGCUGCAGCCGUGAAAAAUGAAGAUCUCUUCUGUGUUCUUGGCUCUCCUGAUCCGAGCACUGUUUGGAGAUUUGUGUUUAGCAAUCAAUGUCACCAUCAUCCCUUACCCCUUCAUAGUGGCCCAGGAGGGUCAAAAUAUCACACUCUCCUGUGUUGUGUCCCAGCGGCGCCGAAAUACGGCUUUACCAGUGGUGAAAUGGACCUUCCUACCAGCAGGUACAGACCGGCCGGAAGACGAACUCCUCAUUGCCCGCAUCAACAUGAGAAAGGCCCGUUUCUAUGGUAACUACUCAAAGAGUUUCCCGUGGCCCAAACUGAAGCUGACGGUGGUGAAGCAGGGGAAGCUCUUUGACCUAUUGAUCUUGAAUGUGUCUGAGGGGGACCAGGGCCUCUACAUGUGCCGGGUGCAGGAGUUUAAAAAGCACCAGGACCGCUGGAAGGCUGCGUCCAACUCCACCGCUGCUACUGAGCUCAGAGUGCAUGUCCUACCAGCCACCAAGGCCAAAGAAAGCCUGUGGAGCUUGUUUGAAGAUGUGUACCUGUGUGCAGUGCUGAUCUGUUCAGUGGGCCUGCUGUGCAUGUGUAUGUUCACAGUGACGGUAACCUGCCAGUACAUACAGAGGAAGCAGAGAUUAAAAGAUAAUUACCACUUGGUCAAAAGUCCACAGAACAGCUCAGGAGAGACAGUCACCAGUGUGGUCAGUGUGUCUCCUGCUUUGCCUAAAAAGGAGAGGAGGUACAGGAAGAAAAGGAGCAGAGACUACCAAGAGGAGACACCACCAGAGAUACCAGCAAAAGCUCCCAUUCGAGACAAAACACGGAAACCCAAACUUUUAAAACCACAACCAAGGAAAAUAGUGUUGCCAAAGAUAGUGGAGGAGAAUCUGACCUAUGCAGAGUUGGAUCUGGUGAAGCCAAUUCCAGAGACCAAGGCGUCAUGUAGUGGCACCGUGUAUGCUCAGAUACUGUUUGAAGAGCAGCAGCUAUGAGAGAAAUACAAACACCACUUCUAACUGUGCCUCAUGUAAAAAGUAUUGUCUAUUUAUAGCCUGUAUUGGUUUGUAUUCAAAUGGAUUUUGAAGGGCAACAUGUGUAAUGCCUCAAAGUAAUGAAAACAUUGUACAUACUAUUUUUUUGUUGUUGUUUUUGUUUUUUGAUGUAACUUCCUGAAGUACUAUUUUUAUUUUGCACCCAUGUAAGAAUCCUGUGUAGCUUUGACUGGGAGCACAGUAGAAGAAUAUGGCACUGAUUUAGAUCAGAUUAGUCCAUGAUAACAACUGGAAGAGAGAUCAGAGUUUGAAAGUUGCAGGCUAGCCUGAGCCUCAGCAAUUAUAUCCAACAUGUUUCAUAUGGUAUUUGCGACCAGAUAUCAGCAGGUUGAAGUCCUGUGAUGUGUGGUCAUCACAAUCAAUGACCAUUGAGUUUACUCUGACACUGUUUUGUUCCCAUCUAAUAAGAUUUGCUGCUAAAUAACUUUUGUCAACAUGUGUUUGUUUAUGGUCUUUUGUAAAGGAAUACUUUCACAUUUUGGGAAAUAUGCUGUUAGCUAAUUUACAGUUUACCAUGCUGUAACGUUAGCUAGAUUCAGGUGAGCCAUUUUUAUUUAGCUAGCUGGCUAGCCUGGCCUAGGGGGAGUUAUGUGCUGAAAUAAAUAAUGUGAAGAUACUGUACAUCACACUGUGUUAAAUGUUGGAAUGGGGGCGCCUUUUUGGAUGUUAAUGCUAUAUUUACCUGCAUACAUUCUUGUUUUGUUUGGCUAAAAAGUUGCUUAAAUUGUUUAGACCUCACUUUGCUGACAACUGAUAACCUUAGUUGACUGUAUGUCCAUGCAAAUUCUCAGUCUUCCAGGUCAUAGUAAGCUGAAAAAACUUAGAACAAUCAACUGGACUAGGUUUUUUUUAGGUCGAAGAUGUUUCUCCUCUCAUCUAAGUUGACUGUAGCUAGCCUGAAAGAGACCUAGACAUCCCAUGUUUGAGAGCAACAGACUGAAAAAUGACUGCACACUGAUCUCAGCCCACAGUUCAAGAAUUUACACUAGCUAGCAGCUACAGACACAAACACUGCAGAUGAAUCAAUUUCUGUCCUGACUAUGCUCAAAGUCAACACUAAAGAGGAUGUUUGGAUGUAGUAGAAGCAUUCGCUACUGUAUGUAGCUGUAUGGGAUGUUGUUUUUUUUUUUUUAUUAACUUAUAGAUGUAUGUGGUGUAUAUCUGUGAUUGAUAAUGAGCGUGAUGCUCCAAACAUGGCACAUUUACCCAAAAUUUAAGACGGUGUGAUGUCAACUUUACAUUCUUCAUAUGAAUAGCAUAAAUCUGUCUACCUGGAAUUUUUAUGCAACAUCUCCAUUGGUUGCCUGUCAACCUCAGAAUGAAGAUAUGAUUGUUCUUAGUUACAGCACCUCCCUGUAAACCAGAAUCACUUUUAAAUGUCUUUUUAUAUGUGGAUUAAACAAAAAAAAUUAAGGUAUUUUGAAAUAGAAAGCCAAGCUAAUUAAUAAAAAAAAUUUAACUACCAGACUGGCUUCCAUAAACUGCCAGUCAGCAUAGGCUACCAACUGUUCAAACAUUAGCUGCUAGCUAGCAAUGUGUGCAACAGCUAUGUGUGUAAGAGUGCACUGGUGUACAUAUUUGUGUUUGGCCUUUCAGAAUCAGAAUCAACGUUAUUGGCCAAGUAUGUUAAACAGGAAUUUGACUCUGAUACAGGGGCUC